AUGUCGUUUGGUUGUUUCGAUGUAAGAGUGAAACUCUAUUCUGAAACUCCGAAACUCAGUGCGAGCAUGGCAGCACAGAAGAGCCUAGAACGGAUGUUCUCAGGCUUGGGGAAGGAGAAGGAGAUAGAAGCAGGGGAACUUACUCGAAAGGUUCACGAAUUGAAAGACACAAAGGAGUUCCUCAAUGAUGAUAAAGCACAUAACAAUAUGUUAUUGGCCAAGGUCCAAGCUUGCGCUGCCAGAAAUAAGAUUGCAACUCUUCUCUCAAAGAAUCUCCUCAGAUCCUUAGAUGGGUAUCGAUUCUUGACGAAGAAGUUGAAAGAAUCAUAGGAUACUCAAAUGCAAGGAAGGAUGGUAGAGAU